GUAAUUGUAUGGUUUUGAUAGUUUGGUGGGUUAAACGUAUUGCACUGUUAACACUUUGACUUGUGAUUAGCUCAUAGUUUUUAAGAUAGCUAUAAAAAAUGAACUUCUCUGACUUUUCCAUCACGAUGUAUUAUUCAUCUUUGUGCUAACACGAGUGAUGAAAAUCCAGGGUUUGGGCAGGUUUAGUCUUGGUAAAUUGCAGUUUAUAGCUUUAUCCAGUUUCCUCCUUGCGUGCUAAUCUCAGUGGUCUGGUUCACAGAUUCCUAGAUUCCUGCUCGUUUGGAUGGUCCUCGGUUGUGGAAGGUGUGUGUGAAGGCCGGUCACAUAAAGAAACGGUGAUAAACCGGGGCCGUAGGGUUCUCUUCUCUGGCACUUCCGUAGCUUAGAAAGCUUAAGCGGGAAAUACAUCUGUGCAUAAGGGCCUUUGCAAAGUUUGUAGGUUGCUUAAUUUAACUGUCGAAUGGGCUCUGAGAGGUGUAAUUAAAGAAACCAGGGCUCACCCAGCUCGUCAGACUGCCCAGGGAACUGGUUGAACGUGGUGGUUUUCAACAGUGUUAUCUGUGGGUUACUGGGCAUCCCUCGAUCAGGACGUAUCGGUUCAGAAAUGAGCCGUCAGACUGCUACAGCACUACCUACAGGUACUUCAAAGUGCACGCCAUCGCAGAGGGUGCCUGCACUGACUGGCACUACAGCUUCCAAUAAUGACUUGGCUAGUCUCUUUGAGUGUCCUGUGUGUUUUGACUAUGUGCUGCCACCAAUUCUUCAGUGUCAGAGUGGCCAUCUUGUUUGUAGCAACUGUCGCCCCAAGCUUACGUGCUGUCCAACUUGCCGAGGCCCGCUGGGCUCCAUUCGUAACCUGGCGAUGGAGAAAGUUGCCAAUUCUGUACUAUUCCCCUGUAAAUAUGCCUCUUCCGGAUGUGAGAUAACUUUGCCACACACAGAAAAAGCAGACCAUGAGGAGCUGUGUGAGUUUAGGCCUUAUUCCUGUCCAUGUCCCGGUGCUUCAUGUAAAUGGCAAGGCUCUCUGGAUGCUGUAAUGCCACAUCUGAUGCAUCAACAUAAGUCAAUUACAACACUUCAGGGAGAAGAUAUAGUGUUCCUUGCUACAGACAUUAAUCUUCCUGGUGCUGUUGACUGGGUUAUGAUGCAGUCUUGUUUUGGCUUUCAUUUCAUGUUAGUGUUGGAGAAACAGGAAAAAUAUGAUGGUCACCAGCAGUUCUUUGCAAUUGUACAGCUGAUAGGAACACGCAAGCAAGCAGAAAACUUUGCUUAUCGACUUGAGUUAAAUGGUCAUAGGCGGCGAUUGACUUGGGAAGCAACUCCUCGAUCUAUUCAUGAGGGAAUUGCAACAGCCAUUAUGAAUAGUGACUGUCUAGUCUUUGACACCAGCAUUGCACAGCUCUUUGCAGAAAAUGGCAAUCUAGGCAUCAAUGUAACUAUAUCCAUGUGUUGAAAUGGCAAUCAAACCUCUUCAGGCCAGUGUUUAAAACCGUUGUGUUUAAUUUAGCAGAAGCUAGGGUAACCAUCUUUGACUGUCAGACAAAUUAUGUGGUAGAUGGAGGGUAGACAUAUAUGAAGGUAAAGAAAAGGAAAGGCUGUUAAAUUACAGGAAGCAGUUGCAUGUAGUAACACUUAAUAUAUUUAAAAGAAGUCAACAGUAAACCACUGAAAAUAUAUAUACCCCCAAAACGGGCAUCUUUUGUAUUAAGAAUUGAUUCUACAGGAUAUGUUGUAAAAUAAUUCUAAAAACUUGUUUGUAGAUUGAUUGUACUGUUGAAAAGGAUACUGUUUCGUGUUUUUGUUUGUGUUUUUUUCCUCCCCCUUUGACUGACAAGCCAUGUUGAGUGGUCUGGUCUCUGGCCGCUGCUUCCCCUCCUCCUCCCCCAACCCCCCCUUUGUAAGUCAUUACAUAGUAUUGCUGCUGUUUGUGUAUAUUUUUUGUGUAUUUGCUAAUUUUUAUUAACUUCUAGUUUUUCAUUAAAUAAAUAUGACUUUCUUUUCUGUAAUUCAGGUUUUUCUCUUUUUUGUAUCUUUUUAAAAUUAAUUACAGGUGUCAUCUUUUGAUAUGCAUAAUUGCUAUGGUAAAACUUAUAUUUCUGUAUGUUUGGUAAAUUUUGUCUCUUUCCAGUAGUCAAUUCAUUGGUGAUACUGUUCUUAAUUGAGCUAUUUUGUGAAUGUACUGAACUCGAAAGAAAGGAGUACUUAUGUUCAAAGAUGUAUCAGGAAAGAAAGCUCCUUUAAAAACAGAUCUAGAUGUUGUUGUACUUUGAGUUAUCUUCUAACAAAAAUGAACAAUUACUAAGAAUUUUUGAACUUAAAAAAAAAAUCAUUCACUUUUCAAAUUUAGAGAUGCUUAGAAACUUGAUUGCCUCCUUGUGUUUGUUGGUUUUGCAGUACAGAGAAGGUAUUGUCUUACACAGUAUUUGUAAUUAUAAAACCGCCAUUUGUUUUAAAAAAAAAGGAAAAAAAGGCAGUCAGAAUGAGAUGUUUUCGGUCUUUUUAUAUUUGUCAUUAAAAGAAUACCUGGCAAAUUAAAAAACCCCAACUUUUGCUUUUUGCUUUAGCUCAAAGUUUGACACAUUGAUACUCUUGCUCUGUUUCUUGUCUUCACGUGUUUUGGUUGUUACUAAAGGAACUGUGUUGAACCGAUUUUUGUAUAUAAUUUUAGUGACAUGAUACACAUCACAAUGCAAAUAAUCUCUAACAGGUGUGAUUCACCAGCCAUAAAGGCUUUGGAAGGAUGUUGGGCUUUAUCCAGACUACCAAUAUGUGAAAAAUUUAACCAUGAAUGUAAAUGGUAUUUGUGUUACAAAACAUGGGCAUAGAGACAGAAAAAAAGAGUAAGGUGAAAAGUUGUUCCAUUUCAAGCUAUUUGAGAGAAAUCUUUGUCAAACCUAGUAGUAGUGGAUGUCUGUUCGGGGAGGUAGUCUGGCUUUUAACUACGUUGGUAACACAUUAAAAUACAGUUUAUUUACUCUG